GCCUCAGGGUUGGGUUUGGUCGCGUCCCCGUGGCUGGGACGGUGACAGGGAAGCCACGUCUGGCCGGGGCCGGCAGCUGCUGCCCAGCACCGCCCCGGGAAGCGCGAUCAGCUCGGGCCCAGCGGAGCCGGGCCGGGCCCCGCUGUCCCCGGAGCCCCCCGGAGCCCUCAGCGCCGCCAUGGGCCGGGGCAGGCCCGGCGGGCUCGGCCGCUGUGUCCUGGUGCUGCUGCUGCUCCUGGGCGGCUCGGGCAGCCCCGGGACGAGGCCACCGCCCCGGGAGCCCUGGGCAGAGGAGCAGGGACCCGUCCCGGAGCGGGGGCCGUGGGGCAGGGUGAGGUACGAAGCCGUGAAGCAGCAUUUGGGAGCUGUGGGCGCUCUCUCCAGGCAGUACUGGCGGUACCUGGCGUGCAAGGUGUGGCAGGAGGGCUGCGAGGAGGAGGAGGAGGAGAAGCAGCGAGAACGAGAGGCCGGCCCCAUCCCAGGCUGGGGCUUCCCUCUGGUGGGCCAGGAUUACCUGGAGAUCCUCUCUGCCUGGUACUGCAGCUUCGGCAAGUGCUGUGAGACAGGAGACUGCAGGAUAACCAACAACAUCACAGGGCUGGAGGCAGACCUCAGUGGGCAGCUCCACGGGCAGCACUUGGCCAAGGAAGUGGUGGUGCGGGCAGUGCGGGGGUUCCUGCAGAGCCCCCGGCCCCAGAAGGCUCUGGUCCUGUCCUUCCACGGCUGGUCUGGCACAGGGAAGAACUUUGUGGCUCGGAUGAUGGCCAGUCACCUGUACCGGGACGGGCUGAAGAGUGACUGUGUCAGGGUGUUCGUCUCCCUCCUCCACUUCCCACAUCACAACUACGUGGACUCCUACAAGGUCCAGCUGCAGAGGCAGAUCAGCGAGACCGUGCAGCGCUGCGGGCAGGCCCUGCUCAUCUUCGACGAGGCCGAGAAGCUCCAUUCCAGCCUCCUGGAUGCCAUCAAACCCUUCAUGGCUCAACACGACAGCCAGGGCCAGGCAGAUCCACAGAGAUCCAUCUUCCUCUUCCUCAGCAAUCUUGGUGGCAACACCAUCAAUGAGGUCGCCCUGGACUUCUGGCGAGCCGGCCGGGCACGGGAGGAGAUUUCCUUGGAGCUGCUGGAGCAGCGGCUGCGGCUGGAGCUGCAGGAGGCUGCAGAGAACAGUUAUGCCCACAGCCACCUCCUCAGAGAGAACCUCAUCGAUUUUGUGGUGCCGUUCCUGCCUCUGGAGUAUCAGCACGUGAAGCUCUGUGCACGGGACGCCUUCCUGGCCCGCGGCCUUCCCUACACCGAGGCAACGCUGGAUGAGGUGGCCCAGAUGAUGGUUUUUGUCCCCAAAGAGGAGAAGCUUUUCUCUGCACAGGGCUGCAAAUCCGUGCCCCAGCGCAUCAAUUACUUCCUUCCUUGAACACCAGGUGGGAGCACUGGUGUUUCUGCACUCUGGGAGCUGCUCUCUUUGCACAGGGUCAGAAGCAAAUGGCCCAGCCAGGCACUGCACAGGGACUUAACAGAGACUUAAACCCCCCAUUACUCCCAGGGCUGUUGCAGUGAAGGAGGUGCAUCCCUUACUCCUGGGAUGUGGGGACAGCCUGUGCUUGGCUGCAUUUGGAGUCUGUCUGGUGUUUUAAAUCCCUUCUUUUAGCUGGCAGUAGCCUGAAGGGGUGAUGUGGUUCUGCUGGCAGAUGCUGUUCCAUGUGAGUGGGGACUGGGAAUGUCCAAGUCCUUGGUUUGUUGCUGUGUGGUGGAGGGAGGCCUUGGACAGGCUGGUCCUGUUGAGACAGUGUGGCCAAAGCCACGUCCCUGUCCCCAGUUUUCUCUGUCACUUUACAAGAACACCCAGAACUGUUUUGCUGGAGUUGAGUUUUUCCCCUCUAUUGAUCUCAUGCCUUUCUAAGGUGUCUGGUGCUCAGGGACACGUGGGCCAGGAUCAUAGUCUGUGCAGGGAGAAAAGGACUGAAUAAUCUCCUCUGGAGAUGCCAGAUCCAAGCUCUCACCUUGGAGUGUCCACCUCUCACUGGAGUCUUCCGUUGUAUGGAAGCAGCUGCCGGGGUGAGGGGAUCUUCUGCUGCAAUUAUUUUUCUGAGUGGGUUGGUGAAGAGCCCAUUUCCUUCACUGCAAAACCAAAAAGGGGAGAGAACUCCUCUGCCAAAGGCCAAGUGCAGGUGAGGAGGGUGGUGGCUGAAGCAUCAGGCUGCAGCUGAAUGUGAAUUUUCAUGGAUGCAGUAAAAGUUUGACUUUUUUCCUUCCUUUUUUCAUUUUUCUCUUCAGUACAUUUCAUGGUGUGGUUUUUUUUUAGCCACUAUCUGCAUUAUUAAUAUUAUUAUUAUUAUUAUUACUGCAAGGGGCUGUUUGCUGUCUGGGUACUCGCCAGGUGAUAAACGUGUUGCAGCAGCUCCCAAAAAAUUUCAUCAGUGUUACAGGAAUCACUCUCUGACCUCUGGGUCAAAACUCCCUUCCAACAGGGCUGUGCUGGCGAGGAGUGAAACAGCACCUGCCAAGGACAGGGCUUGGCUUCCCAGCCACCCCCACGGGGGGACCUUUGGUCUAUUUUAAGCUUUGACCCAUUUUGCGGUGCCAGUGAUGAGCAGCACGACCUCUGGGAAAGAUUGACCAGACAGACACGUCCGAGCCCUGCAGACUUUGAGUCCUGCUUUCCCACUGCUCACAGUGCAGCUGUGUGGAGUGGAUCUUCAGGCUGUGCCAGCGUGUGUGAUCAGGCAUUUCUGAGACUUGGUUUAUGGUUAAUCUCAGGUGUCAUAAACCUGGGAAACAUCAGGGCAGGGGCAGGGAGGCUGCUGCCUCACAGGACACAACUGGGGUUGUGUUUGGUCACCUGGGCAGAAAGUUUAGCAAGCUGUUGGCUGAAGGUUAGUUGCCAAAAGGUUGUGUAGUCAGCCAGGAUAACCUGGGACAUUUAUUAAAUGUCAAGAAGUGCUCAGCUGGGUUAGGCUGCCACAGGCUGGGGUGGCAGGAGGGCGGUGGGGACUGUUUGAGGCAGGCACGGAGCAGCUCUGAGGGAGGUGAUGACAUUGAGGAGGGCGAGGCAAGAGCUGUGCUUUGCUGGGUCACAAAUGUGUGUGUGUCACACUUGGGUGAGCUCUGAUCAGCAAGAGCUGCUCUCUGACCAGGCCAGGACAAUGGUUUGGUUCUAAAUAGAUACUGCAUAAAUAAAUUACUGCUUUUUUUGCAACCUGCUGGAAUUAAAUUCUCUUUUUAAUGAUUUAUUCUACCCAAAUGAAUGAGCUUCUUGUUAGGACUGAGCAGCUUCGAAUAUUGAUUAAGUGAAAAAAACAAGACAGUGUCUACUCAGGUGGUUUUUGCCAAUAAAAUAUUGCAACCUUUAUUUAAAACAAAAUGCAAAUUGGCAAAACUUUGUGGAACGACAGGCAAAGAGGCCCCUUCAAGGGCCUUAUUUACAUCAAGUUUAACACUGUUCGCAGUUCACAGUCAGACGAUAGUGAGAGAAUUAAAUUAGAAAAACAACCAAAAUAUAUUACAAUAACAAUUAAAAAACAAAAAACAGUUGACAA